AUGUACAGAAUAGACGUUUCAGAUUUUUAUGACUUCCAAGCGUUCAGAAAUAUGUGUCCAUUUAGAGACUAUAACAAAGCAGUCGAGAAUUUGAAACGUUUAGUCAUUUAUGUCGACUCUGCCCCAGAAUGUUAUGUCAUGAAAGAAUGGGAUGUUGUCUUUAACAAACCAAGAGCAACCAUAGUUUCAGAACAAGAAUGUAGACAGAAACUUAAGAAAAUAAAAGUUGUACAAGUUGGAAUGAAGAUGUUAGAUGCUUGGGAUAUCUUAUUGUCAAAGUUAGAAGAUUUUUCAGUUCGAGGUAUAAAGUUCUAUACACCAUCUCCAAACUUCUAUUCUAUCUUCACUGGAUAUAAAUACGAACAAGUAGAAUGGAAAGAAAAUGUUAUAGAAGCUUGGUUAGACCAUGUCAAAGAAAUUAUAUGCAAUGGAAACGAAAGAGUCUAUGA